AUGUUCUACACUCAAGUGCUUAUGAGUAAGCGGGGACCAUUGGCCAAAAUAUGGCUUGCAGCUCACUGGGAGAAGAAACUCACAAAAGCUCACGUAUUUGAAUGUAAUCUAGAGAUAACCAUUGAAAAAAUUAUUUCACCUAAGGUAAAAAUUGCACUUCGAACUUCAGGACAUCUUCUUUUGGGAGUUGUUCGAAUUUAUAAUAGGAAGGCAAAAUACCUUCUUGCAGAUUGCAAUGAAGCAUUUCUUAAAAUGAAAAUGACAUUCCGCCCAGGACUAGUUGAUCUUCCAAAAGAGAAUUUUGAAGCAGCUUACAAUAUGAUCACACUGCCAGAAGAAUUUCAUGAUUUUGAAACUCAUAAUAUAAAUGGUACAGAAGUUUCAGAACAUUUUAAUUUGAACCAAAGUAAGCCUGAAGACAUUACACUUCAGGAAGAUUAUAGUAAUGAUCUACUUUACCAAGCAGGAAGCUUUGGGGAGGAAUCUGAAAUUCUCAGAAGACAUAGCUUCUUUGAUGACAACAUCUUGCUGUAUUCUAGUGGUCCUUUAGUUGAACAUAGUUCUGAAACUAUCAUUGGAGGAAAAACUCUGUUCUGUGAAGGUAGAGAUGGAUUUGGAGAUGAAGGAACUGCAGUAGAAAUGAUUGAUAAUCUUUUGCAAGAUAAGAAUAUUUUUUCAGAAGACAUGGAUUUGAAUGAAGAAAUCCCCCUGCCGCGUGAGCUUUUACAAACAACAAUAGAACCAGACCCAGAGAACAUAUGUCUUCAUAUAAAUGAGGAAAUGAAUGGAAUCACACAGUCAAAUGAAGAGGAAGGAUUUUCCCUUGAACCAAUUGAUAUUUCAGACAUUGCAGGGAAAAGAAAAAGUAAAAAAAGGAAGUUGCUCAUAGAUCCAGUCAAGGAGAUUAGUAGCAAAAUUAUGCAUAAACAACUUACUUCCUUUGCGGACACACUCAUGGUUUUGGAACUUGCCCCUCCUACUGAAAGACUGAUGAUGCAGACAAAGAAGGGGGGAGUGGAAACACUUCUGUCAACUGCUGCACAAGAUUUGACUCAUGCUAAACUGAAAAAGUUAUUUACAAAUUGUUUUCUGUCCUGUGACUUUAAACUUGCAAGAAAAUUUAAAAGGAAUGAAUCAGUAAUGAACGAAAUGGAAAACAAAAACUUAAAAGAGACCUCCAUUGCAGAAAAGCCAAGUUUCCAAAAAGAGUCCAGUCAAACCAAAGCUUGGAAGGAAGUGAUUAAUGGAUCUAAGUGUAGCUUUUAUGAGGAUACGAGCAGAAAUAUUAAUUCUGAGCCAGAUAUUGUUGAAAUGAUUUGUUCAUCUGCUGUGGUAUCAAAUAGUACCUCCACACAAGAAUCUGAAAAUCAUCUAAUUGAACAGGAGCCAAUGGAAAUUGAACAAAAUACUGAAGAUAAAUGGAAUCGAAGAACACUCCAUAUGUUAAAUAAAUUGCGGGAAUCCCACAGGAUGGGAAAUGAAUACUUUAGUCUGAUGAUGUUCUGUAGAAAUAGUAACCGAAAACAAACAGCAGUCAAAUUUUACAGCUUUCUUGUCCUAAAAAAACAAAAGGCUAUUGAGCUGAAGCAGAAUGCUCCCUAUGAAGACAUUAUAGCCACAAGGGGACCAAUGUUUUAUGAAAUGUAA